AUGACAUCCCCCAAGGAACAAAAGCACCACUUCAUCCCUCGGUUUAUACUGAGAAAGUUCGCUCCGGCGGACCAGCCCCCCGCAUGGCCAGCUGCUUCGUCCAAACGAAAGCCUCGCGGUCGCGACUUCCUCGUCAAUAAGAUCGAUCUGGAGAGCUCAAUCCUAACCCAGCGCCCGGUGUCAACGGAGUUUGCUCUCGUCGACAUGUACCGAGACCCCGGCUUCGACGAAAACCCAUACCACCUGGAAGAGAAGCUGUCGCGACUCGAAAGCAAAGCCAGUGAUAUCAUUAACAAAGCAGCUGAAACAUUUGCACGUACACCUGUCCUUAGCUUAAAACGUCCUGAAGUCGACACUCUUCGGAAGUUCCUCUUUCUCAUGAAAUAUCGGAAUGGCGGGAUGUUUGAGCGGUAUAACUAUGAUGACGCCCAGGACUAUGAUUCUGACGAUCGACCGCGAAUGCUACAGUACAUGGUCGCGAAAGGAUUCUCGAAGCCACGGGACGUGUGGUUUGACAAUUUGCGGCACAUGCUGGAUCUCGAGAUGGAUCCUCACAGAAACUGGAGAUGGACGUUGCAGGGGCAGAUCUAUCCCGAUGACGCGUUGAUGUUUGAGUUCCACCUCCUGCACAGUUACAUGGCGUUCUGCCAACCCGCAAAUGGCGAUGAAGAGUUCCUUCUCACGGAAAAUGCAUUCGGGGUAUUUGAAGGCCCUUCUUCGGAGCGGCAUGACAUCCUGGCCGGGAAGAAGCAGGCGGUUGCCUAUACGGAGUAUCACAACUUCGCCCCACUGGCCCCUCGCCUUAUCAUUAUACUGAGAAGUGGUAUACUGCCAUUUCCAGGGGACAGCGGUAAUUAUACAGAGAUUCGCCAAUCAUUCGCAGCAGCACUCAAAUCGGCCCACAUACACCCGGACCAGGCAGGAUCAGUCUUGGAAGACCUCCCCGUUCGACCGUGCAAGAAAAUAUACCACAGUCCACAUAUUGACUCUCCCGCCUCGUUCAAUGCGAAUGACGAGUUCAAGUUUCUGUGCUUCAAGCUUUCUACCUCCCAUAUCUCCAUUAUUAACAAUAUUUUCCUCGAGGAAGCGUAUCAGACCUCCUCGAUUGUGUAUCACUCACGAACUGCCCUUCAAGCCGCUAUCGAAAGGUACUUUGUCGACGACAGACCUGGACUGAAACAGGUCAUCGACAUAUUCGAGGACAGGAGGCGUCUGUACUUGCGCACCUUGGAGCUGAUACUCCGCACCCUGGGAGGCUCUGCCACAUGCAAGAUCAAGUCGUUCGGUCUUGCAGAUGCGACGGUGCGCAUCCAUAUGGCACUCAACGUCGGCCGCCUAGUCGGAGUCCAAAUUCUCCGUAGUCAACAACCACCUGGGUCCCUACCCCGAGAAUAUAUCCUUCUGAAGCCAGGUUCAAGCGUGGAAGGAUUCCGGUACGACCUCGACCAGGCAAGUCGCCUCGUAAUGCUAAAGGCAAAACUCGACGGCGCCCUAAACAGAUCAGGUCUAUCCGAGGCGGAGAGGUCCACUGUGCGGGUCCAAGUCCAUGACUUCCUCAUGUCCUUCCCUUUGGAAAGGCUAUGGUUCUUCUUUAAGAUUGUGCGAAAUCUGAGGCAUUGCGACAUGGAUGAUAUCUCGACUCGUAUGCCAGACCUCGAGCUCACUGGACCGGAGGAUGUGUUUAUUCAGAAUGCUGCUGAUAAACUUGUUUGUGUCUCCACCUACAGCUAUUGCACAUUUCCGACCGGGUAUGAAGGAUAUACUUGGGCGAGCCCUGUAUAG